UUAUUUAUUUUGACCCUAAAUAUAAAAUGGGACACGUGUCACUCCCAAAACGCACGAAUUGAUGACGUGGCUUCACGGGAGAGAGGCGAACAUUUCUUAUUUUCUUUAUAUAUAUAGAUAUAGAUACAAGCUGGCUUCUUAUAGAAACUGGCGAAUACAUUAAUCUGCUAAACGUAAACAAAAAAAGUAUAAAGAAAAAUUCGUUUUUUGUGCGUUCAAACAUAUAUCCACGUUGGGAAACUGUUUCAUGUUGUGAUAUCAGCUCUUAAGUCAAAUUAACAAUCGUACCCUUUAUGUCAAAAUUUAAAGUUUGCUUCCUUUGUUGGCAAUGCUAUUCUAUGCAGAGGCAACCCGUUCUAAAUAUCUUUCGAAUUACUGACUGAAAAACUAACAUAUAUCACACCCUUAUGUUAAUUUAUGAACCAUAUGAGAAACUUUUCACUACAUUAUUAAUCACAACUGAUUAUUAUAUAUGAAUAUUUCGAAUGGUAUACCCAGUGUUACUUAAAAAAAGGAAACUCAAGUGUUCUAUAUACAAUAAUUACAAGAGUUAGUCUGGGUUGCAAUCUAAAUAUAUGAUUAUAACAAAUAAUAGCGUUAUUUUAACAAAUUAUUAAAUAUAACAAAAAAAUAAAAAAAAUAGCGUUAAAAAAAACAAUUGCGUUAAUUUCAGGUCUAAUAUUAUUGGUAAACAGAAUUGCACAAAAAAAAACUCAGCCGUAGGACCUGUAGCGUCUGCAUGAGCAACACGUGUCGGUCCAGAAGAAGACAAUGGCCAUGAUUCUGUAAUAAUCAUUUUUAACCAAAAAACCUAAGAAAAUACACUAACAACUCUCUCGUAUUUCAGUGUGCCACAAACCACUUAAAUAAUAUUCCUCCCUUUUAUAUAAUUUUUUUUUUUAAAAGAUCGCUGUUUCACAAUGUAAAAUAUAUUAAAAUUGUUACUAUCUUCAAUAUUUAAAACAGUUAAAUAAAUUACAUCUAUAUUUUUUUUUCUAAUUAAAUUAUUUUUAAUUUAUAUUUUUCAUUAAAAUUUAGAAAAAGUAGAAAAUUUAAAUCUUUGUGUUUUAAACCACAAUAUCAUAUAUUAUAAAACAGAUGAAAUAUUUUAUUAUAUCAGUAUUUUCAAAUUAUUAUAUUUCUUUAUUCACCGGAAGCCGCUUCAAAAAUUCCAAAUUAUUGACAAUUUAAAUUACUUUUGUUUCGGAAUAAAAAAAUGAAAACUGGGUCCACAUAAUUAGGUGGUAUUAAUUUGUAAUUAAAUAAUGUGACUUUCUGCAGCCGUCAUUUCUUUCUCGUUUAAAUUGUGUGUAUUAAUCUUUACAAUAUUAUAAGUUUAUAACUCUUCAACAUCGUACAAGCAUUCUUAGAGUGAGAUAGAGAGAAUACUGGUGAGAUAGAGAGAUGGGCCAUCACUCGUGCUGCAACAAGCAAAAAGUGAAGAGAGGGCUUUGGUCGCCGGAAGAAGACGAAAAGCUCAUCAACUAUAUCAACACAUAUGGCCAUGGAUGUUGGAGCUCUGUUCCCAAACAUGCAGGUUUGCAGAGAUGUGGAAAGAGUUGUAGAUUAAGAUGGAUAAAUUAUUUAAGACCUGAUCUUAAACGUGGAAGCUUCUCUUCUCAAGAAGCUGCUCUUAUCAUUGAGCUUCAUAGCCUUCUUGGUAACAGAUGGGCUCAAAUUGCCAAACAUCUACCUGGAAGAACAGAUAACGAGGUCAAGAAUUUCUGGAACUCAAGCAUAAAAAAGAAGCUCAUGUCUCACCAUCAUCAUGGUCAUCAUUAUCAUAUCUCAUCAAUGGCGAGUUUGCUCACUAACCUUCCUUAUCACAACGGAUUCAACUCUACUAAUGGCGGCGAUGAAGGUUCAAGAUUCAUGUCAAAUAUCAUCAUCACAAACACUAACCCUAAUUUCAUCACUCCAAGUCACCUCUCUCUUCCUUCUCCUCACGUUAUGGCCCCAUUAAUGUUCUCAACCUCUAGAGAAGGAGAUUUCAAGUUUCCAACCACUACCAACACAAACCAGUCUCAUCAAGAUCAUAACAACCUCUACAACAAUCUUGACAUUUUGUCAGCCACACCAAUCAUAAAUAGUCAUCAUCAUCAUUAUGAUAAUGAUUCCCAGCUGCCAUCACUACCAGAUCUCCCAGCGAGCACCAUUUGCACUUAUCAGGAAACCCUUCAAGAUUGCGAUGAUGGCAAUGAAGUGUUUGUAACACCAUACAACAGUAAUGGUGAUGACCCUCGGAGCAUUCCAUUAGUGGCCACAAAGUUAUUAUGUGAACAAGUUCUUGAAGAAAAAAUAUUAUCCUCCUCGCCAAUUACACAAGACCACGGCCUUCUUAUCCCCACCAAGUACAACUUGCAAAUGCCUGGUGACCAUCAUAAUCGAGUGGUCUCAUACAUCAAUCACAUGAUCAUACCAUCAUCAUCAUCAUCCUCGCCAUCCCCAAUAUCUUGUGGACAGUACGUCAUCACUUAAGCAAGCCCUAGUCCUACUCCAACAUGGGAUUCCUAGACAUGGGUACGUAAUAAAUACAUAUAUAGAGUCUACAUACGUUUUUUCGAUAUCUAAAGAGGGAAAAGAUUACAUAAAUAAUCACCCACAUGUGUUGAUAAAGUCCUGUCCAUAUAUUAUUUUAUACUACAUAGUAUAAGAAUUUAUGAUUGUUACAUUUAAUAUUUAUAUAUAUAUAUAUUGGCAUAUUGCAUUUUAUUUGUUUAAUGGGUGACAACCAUGAAUGUUGUUAGUUCUUCCUCAUGUUAUUAUAGUCUGUGUGAGUUGUAGGAAAAGGUUACUCCUACGUUGAAUGGCCGCAUACAAACACACACAUGUACGUAAGCAAGCACGUAUGCGUGGAGGGUGUACGAUCUCUCUUCACGUCACCUACGUACAAAUUGUGUUUGUAUAUGGUCAGUUUUGUUUUAGCCUCUCUAUUGGAGAUUACUGUUGUCAUGAUAGAUCGUGGGGUCAAGAUGUGGACUGUUGUAAUUCAGUGCAACUUUCAUGUACAAUGUAUCCCUGGCCAACUGUGAGAUUCUCUUUUUGGUCAUUUUAAAAUAUUAUCUUUGGCGAAAACACACAAGCUAUCAUCAACCUCAAGUACUGGGUGUUUCAUAAUUAGAGCAGUGAUAAUUUAUCAGCAUAUGAAUAAAAAGAUUCCUUGGAUAAUAAACUAUCCACUAAAAAGAGUUUAAAGGUUAAUGACCAAAACAAGAAGAUCUUUAAAAUUUAUAACUCGACUCCAAGAUUCAA